AUGGAUCGCCUCAAAGCCGACUACCCCUGGACCCUCUCCCCCCUAAUCUCCCUCGCUCCCAUGCGCCUCAUCGCCCUCUCCCACCUCGCAACCGAAACUUCCCGCGCCGGCGGCCUAGGCUUCAUCGGCGCCGGCAGCUCCAUCUCCUCCCCCUCUCUUCCCCACCUCCUCUCCGAAGCCCGCUCUCAGAUCGCCUCCUCUCCCAACCUCCGCUCUGUCCCCGAUGUACUCCCCAUCGGCGUGGGAUUCCUCCUCUGGGCGGGCGAUGAGUUACUACAAGGUGCCCUACCCCUGUUGGAGGAGUUCAAACCCGCGGCGGUGUGGUUAUUCGCUCCGCAUGAAGUGUCGGAUUUUGAGACGUGGACGAGAGAAGUGAGGAGGGUGACGGGGGGAAAGUCGAAAGUGUGGAUUCAGAUCGGAACGGUGGAGGAAGCGGUGGAGGUGACGAGGAGUUGUCAGCCGGAUGUGUUGGUCGUGCAAGGGCAGGAUGCUGGUGGACACGGGUUGGAAAAGGCCGCUGGACUGAUCGCUUUAUUCCCCGAAGUGGACGACGAGGUGACUCGACUGUGCGAAGCGGAGGGACUGACGAAACCGGUUCUGGUCGCGAGUGGAGGGAUCAUGGACGGCAGGGGAGUCGCGGCGGCGAUCGCGCUGGGAGCCGCGGGGGUCACGCUGGGGACGAGGUAUUUAGCUGCGCCGGAGGCGAAUUUGCCGAAAGGGUAUCGCGAUGCGGUGGUGAAGGCGAAGGAUGGGGGCGUGACGACGAAGCGGACGAAGUUGUAUGAUCAGUUGCGUGGCACGAGAGAUUGGCCGGCGAGGUAUGGAGGGAGGGGGGUGUUGAAUUAUAGCUGGGAGGACGCGGAGAAGGGGAUGAGUGAGGAGGAGAAUCAGAGGUUGUAUGAUGAGGCGUUGAAGAAGGGGGAUGAGGGGUGGGGGGAGAAUGCGAGGUUGGCGACGUAUGCUGGGGCGGGAGUGGGGUUGAUCAAGGGGCUCAAGUCGGCAGCGAGGAUUACGGAGGAGGUGAGAGAGGAUGCGAGGAAGGUGUUGAAGACGGUGGGAAAUAUCCCGUCGUGA